GUAACUUCUGUGCGUACUUUCUUUUAUUUUUCUGUAUAUAAGCUGGUAUGUUCUCUCUUUCUUUCUUUCUCUUUCUUUAUUCAUUUGAUGCAUUCUAUUGCCAAUUCACAAAUUACGCUUGAAACGAUUUCUAAUGAAUGGGGUUCAUUACCAAAAGUGGCAAGUCAGUCCAUGCAUACCAAGACAGCUUUUUAUCCUAUGUAUUUUCAUCACCCAAAUGAUCCUGCAUCGCCACCUCUUCUUCCAAACCAUUUUAUACCGCCACCUUUACCAAGCAAAAGUCCUCGAACUGUCAUUCCAUCGAAACGAGCUGAACAAAACAGAGUUGCUCAACGUGCUUUCCGGUUACGAAAAGAACGCUAUGUCAAAGAACUUGAAAGAAAAGUAAAACUAAUGGAUGACUGGAAAGCAGAAAUCAACGCAUUACGUCAAGAAAAUCAACAACUCAAAGAAACCAAUGUGCGCCUAGAACAACACCUUAAGCAAUCAAAAGAACAAAAGGCGCUCUCUUUGACGAAAAGAAACCCUAUGGAUCAAACCAAACUGGAGUUCUUGCCUGUUGAAUUGGGUUCACCUACGACUUCAUGUUCGUCGUCAUCUUCUUCCUUUCUACUGCCUUCUCAUUGGAAUACUUCCAUGGAUAUGAAUGAGUUUUACACGGUGCUAUCACCACCCCCUUCUAUGGUGAGACAAGAACCAUUCAGUGUUAUGCACCAUCAUUGUUCCCUCAAGGACACGUUAAGCAGUGUCAUGUGAAUGUACACUUGUGUAAGAACCCUUAUUUUAACGACCCUUCAUUGAUAUAUAAAAAGUUUGUUUAUAUGGGAAAUAUGAC